AUGGCGCCGCUCCACUCCGCCGUGGAGGCCCGCGACGUGCCCGUAGUGGCGUACGAAGACCUGGUGGCCAAGAAGGACCUGUCCGCCGUCGUGGAGGAGGCGUUCGGCUACGAGGGCAUGGGCAUCCUCGUGGUCAGCGGCGUGCCCGAGCUCAGCGCCAAGCGGAGCGACCUGCUGCCGCUGGCUUUCGCCUUCGCCAACCUGCCGGAGGACGCCAAGGCCAAGUGCGAGCUGCCCGAGGCCUUCUACAGCUUCGGCUGGAGCCACGGCAAGGAGAACUUGCAGGGCAAGCCGGACUACGCCAAGGGGUCGUACUACAACAACCCCGAGGUGAACGACCUGGCCAAGGGGGACCAGCAGCUCAUCCACAAGUUCCCAUCCUUCUUCCACCCCAAUAUCUGGCCCAAAGAGCUGCCGGAGCUGGAGGCAGCCUUCAUGAAGCUGGGCCAGCUGAUCGUGGACACGGGAGUGCUAGUGGCCCACCAGUGCGACAAGCUGGUGGAGAGCAAGUGCCCGGGGUACGAGAAGGGCAAGCUGCACAGGAUCAUCAGUACGGGCAAGUGCUCUAAGGCCAGGUUGUUGCACUAUUUUGCGCUGUCGGAGGAGCAGAUUGCGGCGCAGAAUGAGGCGACGACGCUCGAGAAUUCCUUCGCCUGGUGUGGAUGGCACAACGACCACGGCGCGCUCACCGGACUGGUGCAGGCCAUGUUCAUGGACAGCACGGGCGCGACGGUGCCGAACCCGGACCCUCAAGCGGGGCUGUACGUGAAGAACCGUCGUGGUGAGAUCCUCAAGGCCAACAUCCCUCCGGGGCACUUGGUCUACCAGAUUGGCGAGACGUCGCAGAUCCUCUCGGGUGGCACGUUGCAGGCUACGCCGCAUGCUGUGAGGGGGCCGCAGGUCACGGGUGUCAACCGCGAGACUUUGGCUGUCUUCAUGCAGCCACUGCCGGACGAGCGGAUGGCGGUCCCCGAGGGAGACGGCUCCAAGGACCCUCUUGAAGCUGGGAAGACCGAGAACCUCCCCAAGGGCGUACCUCCGCUGCUCUCGCGCUGGCACAACGAUAUGAGUUACGACGAGUUCACGCAGGCCACCCUCAAGGCCUACUACUAA